AUGGGUGGUGCUGGAAAAACCCUGUUGGCCUCAAGACUGUUAAAUGAUCCCCCACUGAGGCAACAUUUCGAGGACAGGAUUUUCUGGUUAACAGUUGCUCGGGAUCCAAACAUCAAAGAGAUUCUCCGAUCUCUGUUGAGAAUGCUAAGUGCACGCCUGCCCCCACCCUCCAGUUCCGAGGAGGUCUAUGCACAGCAAGUAUGCCAUGAACUUCAACUUCAAGGGCAAAGGAAGAAGCUGUUGCUGGUGUUGGAUGAUGUAUGGAAGUCGAGAAUUUUGGACGUCUUUGAUGCAUUUGUGAAUCAUUCAUCUUCGUCUGGGAGCAAAAUUUUGGUGACCACGCGCAGUCAAGAUUUACUGGACAGGAAACACGCUACGAAAAUUGAAGUGCCCAUGCUGAAACCAGAGGAUAGCUUCAGGCUUUUCUGUUGGCAUGCCUUUUCCGGUGUGAGCAACGUUCCGAUAAAUUUACGCAAACCAGCUGAGGAUGUGGCGGCAGAGUGCAAGGGGCUUCCCUUAGCACUGAAAGUCAUCGGAGGGACGAUGGCCGGCAAGAGGGACAAGCGCAUUUGGGAUCUGACGUUGAAGAAGCUGAAGAACGCCGAGACACUCAGCUCCGAGCAUGAAAUGCAACUCUAUCAUCGCUUGCAACCCAGCGUUGACGAUUUGUCCGAAACGCAUCGUCAUUUGAAAGAUUGCUUCUACUACUUUGCUGCGUAUCCCGAAGACGCAAGUGUCGAAUUAGUGGAUGAUCUGAUCAGUUUGUGGGUGGGAGAGGGAAUACUUGGAAGACGGAAAGAUUAUCCCCCUGAGGAUGAGGCUUAUGAGCUUUUGGGCUGGCUCAUUGCAAGAUGCUUGAUUGAGCUGAAAGUCAAAAACCCAGGGAUUGCUGCUGCUUCUUCUCAUGAAUUCAUGACCUGUAAAGUUCACGAUGUGCUUCGGGACCUGGCUCGGUACAACCUGCAACACGACAAGGUGGUACAUGAGCGGGUCUGUCUGUAUGAACCGGGGAGGCAGUUGACGACAUUUCCGCAAGAGUGGAUUCCUGACGACGAAGUCGAGAUAAAGCAUCUUUCAGCAAAAAGAUUGUCGUUGAUGAAUAAUCUGAUACAGGAGCUACCGUCUCAUCUGGCUGCCCCUGAGCUCCAAGUGCUGCUUCUGAGAAGUAACGAGAAUCUAUCGUUGCUGCCUCGAGGAUUCUUUCUGAACUUGAAGCAACUGAGGGUACUGGAUCUCAGCCGUACAAGGAUUCAACAGAUACCCGACGCAGCCUUUAGCACUAUGAAACGCCUGGUUCUUCUUAAGCUCUCAUAUUGCGCACAGCUUGAGAGAGUAGCGAGUACUAUUGAGGAGUUGGAAGAACUUCGGGAUCUUCAAAUAGAUAAUUGCAAAAGGUUGGUUUCGUUGCCUAGAGCCAUCAAGGGUCUCAGAAAACUAGAAAAUCUUAACCUUUCCGACACUUACGUGUGGAAUGGAGGGGCCAGUUCCAAGAGCAUCACAGGUGCUUUGUUGAGGUUGAUCCGCAUUCAGCCUGCCGCUAUUCUCCAGGAUGUAGCCUCGCUGACAUCUUUGACAACGUUGAAAAUCAGCAACCUUUCCAUUCUCCCUGGACCGUCAUACCCGUUCCCUCUCCAGCUUAGUUGCCUUAAGAGCCUCCGGCAUCUGCAAGUCAACUUCAUCCGAGUUAGCUCUCUUCCUGACAUUUCAAAUCUCACUGCCCUGCAAACAUUAGUUCUAAGCAGGUGCGAAGACCUCUUGAGCCUUCCACUUGGAGUCGAGUCACUGCCAGAGCUCAGACGGCUAGAUCUCAAGAGCUGCUCUUCCUUGAAACAUCUUCCUGCUCUUGAUGAGCUUCCAAACCUCGAGUGUCUUGAUAUAUCUGGCUGUCGACACAUCAAGCAACUACCAAACUCUUUUGGUCGACCAGAUGGAUUUCCAUCUCUCACAGAGCUGGACAUGUACGCUUGUGAAGAGGUAUCGAUGGACGAAUUUCCAGUGCUACGAUCGGGUGCUAUGCCCGCUUUACGGAUCUUGAGAAUGAGCGGAUGGGCUCAGAUGAAGGAAUUGCCACCGACCUUGAGUUCCCUGAUAAAGCUGCAGUAUAUAAGUCUAAGUUUAUGUUUUCAGCUGAAGAAACUGGACGAAUUUUUCGACUGGAGCGUGUUUACAGACCUCGAGGAGCUCGAACUUGAAAAAACCAAGUCUCUUAUUGAGCUCCCUCCUUCCCUCGCGUCACUACCCAAACUACGGAUCUUGCAUCUUCGUGAAUGUGGAGCUGGUGAUAAUCUCUCUCCAGAAUUCAAUGCACUCGUGGCACAGAACCGGCUGACGAUAACAGGCAAAGUCUAUCCUGCUCGCUAA